AUGAAUCCGGCAGAAUUUACAGACAAGACGAAUGAAUAUCUACGCAAUGCACACGAUCUGGCAGAAGAAAUGGGUCACUCACAGCUUACACCAUUACAUGUGGCCUAUGCACUGUUUAACGACAAGAACGGCUUGGCCAAGCGUGUCGCUGACCUCGUGCACGGCAAUGCGGCCGGUUUCCAGCAGGACGCGAUGCUGCAACUCAAGAAGCUGCCAAAGCAGACACCAGCACCUGACUCUAUCGGCGCUGACUCUGCACUCAUGAAAAUGAUCAAGUACGCGCACAAGAUGCGGAAGGAUAUGAAGGACUCGCAUUUGGCAGCAGAUCAUCUUGUUGUCGCUCUGUAUCAGAGCUCACAGGUUGCGAGUCUGCUCAAGAGCAAUCAAAUGGACGAGAAUCAGGUAAAGGACGCAGUGCAGAAGAUGCGUGGCGGUCGUCCCGUCACGAACGCGUCAGCGGAAGAGAACUACGAUGCACUCAAUAAAUACGGUCAGGACUUGGUCAAGUUGGCCGAAUCGGGGAAGAUCGACCCGGUCAUUGGCCGAGACGAGGAGAUCCGACGAGUGAUUCGUAUCCUGUCGAGACGAACCAAGAACAACCCCGUGCUGAUUGGUGAGCCAGGUGUGGGAAAGACUGCUAUUGUGGAAGGUCUGGCGAGGCGGAUCGUCGUGGGCGACGUGCCCGAGUCACUGAACUGCAAGCUCAUUAGUCUCGAUAUGGGUGCUUUGAUUUCGGGUGCCAAAUACCGUGGUGAGUUUGAAGAGCGUCUGAAGGCGGUGCUGAAGGAGGUGAAAGACAGCGACGGCAAGAUCAUUCUGUUCAUCGAUGAAAUGCACCUGAUUCUCGGCGCUGGACAAACAUCAGGUGCAAUGGACGCUGCCAAUCUAUUGAAGCCCAUGCUGGCGCGCGGAGAGUUGCGGUGCAUUGGUGCGACAACGUUGGACGAGUAUCGUGAGCAUGUCGAGAAGGACAAGGCAUUUGAGCGUCGGUUCCAACAGGUGUUGGUGAAUGAACCGUCCGUCCCAGAUACAGUGAGCAUUCUACGAGGUUUAAAAGAGCGAUACGAGGCGCAUCACGGAGUGCAAAUCAUGGAUGCGGCUCUAGUCACUGCUGCAAAGCUUGCAGACCGUUACAUCAAGGGAAGGUUCAUGCCCGACAAAGCCAUUGAUAUCAUCGAUGAAGCGUGUGCAAACGUUCGUGUUCAACUGGACAGCCAACCUGAAGUCAUUGAUGAAUUGGAGCGCCGACAGCUGCAGUUGCAAGUGGAGGCUACAGCUCUUGCAAAGGAAAAGGAUGAACUGAGCAAGCAGCGUCUGACAAAAGUGCAGGAGGAGUUGAACAAGAUCCAAGACGAAUUGAGUCCAUUGAUCCUACGCCAUGAAGCGGAGAAAGCUCGUGUCAACGAAAUCCGCCAGCUUCGGGACAAGCUGCAGCACUUGCAGUUGAAGGCUGAGCAGGCGGAACGCACCCAGGACCUGCAGACCGCUUCUGAUCUGCAAUACUAUGCCAUUCCGGACGUUCGACGCCGCAUCGCCGCAGCAGAGGAAGCGAAGAAGCGCGAGGAUGAAGAUGAGUUGCAACACAAGAUGGUCGAGGAAGUUGUUCGAGAAAACCAGAUCUGCGAGGUCGUAGCUCGUUGGACGGGUAUCCCGGUGUCCCGCCUGACGUCAAGUAUGGGCGACCGUCUCAUGCAUCUGGAAGAGCGCAUCCACCAGCGCGUCGUGGGUCAGGAGGAAGCAGUGAAGGCCGUCUGUGACGCAGUACUGCGUUCACGUGCCGGACUUGCUCGCGCCGGACAACCGACCGGCAGUUUCCUAUUCCUCGGCCCCACUGGUGUCGGUAAGACCGAGUUAGCCAAGGCGCUCGCGAACGAACUUUUUGCCGACGACAAACACAUGGUGCGUAUUGACAUGAGCGAGUACAUGGAAGAGCACACCGUCUCGCGACUCAUUGGCUCUCCUCCUGGAUACGUCGGCUUUAGUGAAGGGGGUCAGCUAACCGAGGCUGUGCGUCGCAAUCCGUACAACGUGGUCCUGGUGGACGAGAUCGAGAAGGCUCACCCAAAGGUGCUGAACAUUCUGCUACAAGUGUUGGAUGAUGGCCGAUUGACGGACUCGCAUGGACGAACGGUCGAUUUCGCGAAUACAGUGAUUAUCAUGACGUCGAACAUUGGCGCAGAGCACUUGCUGUUUGAGAACGACCUGUCGCCACGUGCAAGCAAAAAGAUGAAGACAGAGAGUGAUGUUAUGGAUGCUGAGAGCAGUAGGAAACGGGAGUUCGCAAAGCAGCGCGAGCUGGUGCUCCAGCAGUUGCGUCGUACCAUCCGACCGGAGCUGCUGAACCGUCUGGACGACAUUGUUGUGUUCGAACCGCUGGGCCGCACGGAGUUGCGUCAGAUCGUGUUGUUGCAGUUCGACUCGGUCGUUGCUCGGUUGAAGGAGGCGCAGAUUUCGGUGAACGUGACGACGGCAGCACUGGACGUGAUUCUGGAUGAAGCGUACGAGCCGCAGUAUGGCGCACGUCCCAUCAAACGAUACAUCGAAAAGCACGUCGUAACGGACCUGAGCAAGCUCAUUAUCUCCGGCCAGCUUCAUGCUAAGACCCAAGUGGAGAUCACUGAAGUUAAUGGCAAAUUGACGUUCGCUAUCUCGCAGCUCACGGACACUGAUAUCGAGAUGGCUCCGUAA